UGCCUGUGGCCAAAUAGCCACCUCACCUCUGCUGAAUAUUUGCCUCAACAUCUGGGUGCUAGACUUCCUCCAGCACAGUCGAGUCAAACUUUUCAGAGCAGAUCGUUUUCUAACUGAGACGAUGAUUGUGUGGCCUGGAGUCUUGGCUGUGUCUCUGGUGCUGCAUCAGUUGUUAAUCACUGCCACAGCGCAAGGCAUUGUGUACGACCUUCUGGUGUCGCCAGACUGCCUGCCAGACUUACUUCAAGGAAGUUUAAAGAAUAAAGGGCGGGAUGAGGCCUUCCUGCUCUCAUCUUUCAAACUCCAAACCAAGGGCCCCACAUCCAUUUUCAGCAUCGUUAACCCCAAAGAUAACAGCAAGUACCUGGAGCUCAAUGUGCAGGCCAAACUGAGCAAAGUCACCUUGCGUUACCAGAAGACUGACGGCAGAUAUGCCGCAACCAGUUUUAACCACGGUUCCCUGGCCGAUGGCAAUGACCACCACGUUCUGCUGCACGCCAGCGGUCUGCAACGCGGCCCCCCUCGCCUCAACAUCUAUGUGGACUGCAGGUUGGCCCACACUCUGGAUGACUUGCCGGCUGCCUUUGGGUCCAUUCCUCGCAGUCCGAAUUCAGUCGCACUUAGGACGCUGCAGAGGGGCAUGCUCGACAUGAAACUGGUGCUUAACGACUCCAUAGACAACGUGGCAACGCUGCAGGACUGCAGCUCGGAUCACAGCGAACCUCUGAAGCUGUUGCGUUUCCAGGCAGGGCCAGGCGUCCAGGAGCAGACCACGAUGCAGGAAUUAAGGAGCAUGCUGGCUGAGAUGAAGGAGUUACUCAAUCAGCAGAUUAAAGAGACCAAUUUUCUGAGGAACACCAUCACCGAGUGUCUUCCCUGUGGUCCCGAUGGAAGACCAACCAACCCAGGAUCACCUCCAAGCCCGGGCCAGUACCAAAUACCUCCUCCCUGUCCACCUGGAACGUGUUUCCACCAGGACAUGUGCAUUCCCUCUUCAACGGGAGGGUACCAGUGCGCUCCCUGUCCUGAAGGAUAUACGGGGGAUGGGGUUCGCUGCGAUGACAUAGACGAGUGCCAAUUCAAUCCAUGUUUCCCCGGCGUAAGGUGUGAGAACACUGCGCCUGGGUUUCGAUGUGGCAAAUGUCCGUCGGGCUACGAGGGACCAGAAAUAAACGGAGUUGGAGUAUCCGAUGCAAGCAAGCAGCUAUGUGAGGAUAUAGAUGAGUGCCUGAACCCGCCUGCCCACGGAGGCUGCACUGCUAACUCCCACUGCUACAACACUAUAGGAUCCUUCCUCUGUGGGGACUGUAAAAAUGGCUUCACAGGUGACCAGGCAAGUGGUUGCCAGGGCACCAGACUCUGUUCCAACGGGCAGCCCAACCCGUGUGAUGCCAAUGCCGAGUGUGUUGUGCAGCGAGACGGCAGUAUCGGCUGUGCGUGUGGUGUUGGUUGGGCAGGCGAUGGCUAUAAGUGUGGAAAGGACACCGAUAUUGAUGCAUAUCCUGAUAAUACUCUUGACUGCCCAGGAAACAACUGCAAUAAGGACAACUGUGUGUUCGUGCCAAAUUCCGGCCAGGAGGAUGCCGACAGAGACGGGAUGGGUGACACCUGCGAUGAGGACGCAGAUAACGAUGGCAUCAGUAACACAGACGACAACUGCUGGCUGGUUCCUAAUGUGGACCAGAGAAACAGCGAUAAGGAUCUCCAUGGCGACGCCUGUGACAACUGCAGAACAGUGGAAAAUCCAUCCCAGAAAGAUACGGACAAAGAUGGACUGGGAGAUGAGUGUGACAACGACAAGGACGGGGAUAAUUUGAAGAACGAUGUAGACAAUUGCCCAAAUGUGGCUAACUUGGACCAGAACGACAAAGAUAAUGACGGCGUGGGGGAUGUUUGUGACAGCUGUCCUGACGUGGCCAACCCUAACCAGUCAGAUUCAGACAAUGACCUUGUCGGCGAUACCUGUGACGACAACAUUGACACCGAUGGAGACGGCCAUCAGGACAACAAAGACAACUGUCCCAAUGUCAUUAACUCUUCUCAGUUGGACACAGACAAGGAUGGCAUGGGAGAUGAAUGUGAUGACGACGACGAUAAUGACGGUGUCAAGGACGAUGAGGACAACUGUAGAUUAGUCGGCAACCCAGACCAAAAGGACACGGAUAACAACAGCGUGGGCGAUGCUUGCCAAGGCGACUUUGACAAAGACAAUGUGAUUGACAUCGUCGACCACUGUCCAGAGAAUGCUGAGGUCACCUUGACGGAUUUCAGAGCCUAUCAAACCGUUGUCCUGGAUCCUGAAGGGGACUCGCAGAUUGAUCCCAAUUGGGUGGUUCUUAACCAGGGAAUGGAGAUAGUCCAGACCAUGAACUCUGACCCUGGCCUGGCUGUAGGCUACACGGCAUUCAGUGGCGUGGACUUUGAGGGAACUUUCCACGUCAAUACCGUGACAGACGAUGACUACGCCGGCUUCAUCUUCGGUUACCAGGACUCCUCUUCCUUCUAUGUGGUCAUGUGGAAACAGACAGAGCAGACCUACUGGCAGGCGGCGCCCUUCCGAGCAGUAGCCGAGCCAGGAAUACAACUGAAGGCAGUCAAGUCCAAAACUGGCCCCGGCGAGUAUCUGAGGAACUCUCUGUGGCACACCGGAGAUACUCCAGAGCAAGUUCGUCUCCUUUGGAAAGAUCCAAGGAAUGUGGGCUGGAAGGACAAGGUGUCCUACCGCUGGUUUCUUCAGCACAGACCUCAAGUCGGAUACAUCAGGUCUCGCUUCUUCGAGGGCUCGGACCUGGUGGCAGACACGGGUGUCAUCCUUGACACCAGUAUGAGAGGAGGCCGGCUGGGGGUUUUCUGCUUCUCCCAAGAAAACAUCAUCUGGUCCAAUCUGAAGUACAGAUGCAAUGACACCAUCCCCAAUGACUAUGAGCAGUUCAGUGCCCAAAACACCAAUUGAAGGCUGAGAAAGAUCAUCAAAUCUCACUUGCAGCCAUGAGAAUAGUUUUUACACAAGCUAAUGGUCGUGUGUAUCAGCAGGUACUGAAUGCCUUUGCAUUAUACAGCGCAGUGUUUAUCAUCUGAAAGUUUAAUGCUGUUCAUGAAGAUUUAAUAAAAUAAGAACUAAAGCUUCAA